AUGGCAUCCAGACCACCCAUGUCGAUGUGGAUCUCUAAUCGUCCUUAUAAGAAAGAGUGUUACCUAGAGGACUUUGAAGGAAGAAGGUUCAAAACCAUCCUUCCCCAUGCUGCUGGCAGGAUCUGUUUUGGAAUAAGUUGUGGUUACCUGAUCUUGUUCAGAGGGAAAACGAAAAACAAGGACUUCUGGCUUGUAAAUCCGAUCACAAGGCAUGAACUUCAUUUCCCUUGUUUCCCAUUUAAUGUAGGUACUGAUCCAACAAUAAUCAGAUGUAUCCUUGUCUUUUCACCUUCGUUAUCUCGGUGGGUGUUUGUGGUGUUGCGUUCAUUUGCCUAUCAAGUUUGGCUUUCUAUAGAGGGUACACAAGAAUGGAAUCGUGUCUCCUCUGCUUUCCCCAUGAUUGAUUUACAUGCUUUCAAGGGGAAGAUAUAUACCAUACACAUGGGUUGUCGUGUAUAUGAAAUGAGACUCAAUCCAUACCCCAAACUGACGUUACUCCAAACCAUGAAUUUUCUAAAGCCAGUCUUCUUAUGUCCGGAGUUUCUAAGUUCGAGUGAAAACCUUUAUGUGACGGAUUGUAGGUUUAAAGAUUCAUACGACGUUUAUGAACUAGAUUUUGAGGAAAUGAAGUGGGUGUCGUCGGGAAAAACAUUAGAAGAAUGUGCAUUCUUUAUUAACGGUUUCAAGUAUUCUGCUGCUUUUAGAUCAGAGGUGUGGGUUGAUCAUUGGUCGCUAUAUGAGAGAUGUGCUUGCUUCUUUGCUACCGUUGAUACAGGUCGAAAAAGCAGGUUCCUUCUUUCAGGCAUCUGGUACUUCCCCAAUGAUUGUUUGAACGUUAAUCGCUUAGAUGAAUGA